GUCUUAUUUGCCUGAAAUCAUCCAUCGUUUUCUUAAUUUUGAUCUGCUACAAGACCACAACAGCAAUUAUUUUUUUCUUCUGUUCACUCUUCUUUCUCUCUCCUUCUUCAAUGUCGUCGAAACUAUCGAAUUAACCCCGAACGCACACACUCUCUCUAAAAUCCACUGAAUUCGAACCCUCGUCUGUGUGGUUUUCUUCACACUAAUUAGGGUUUUGGGGAAAAUGAAGAAUAAACUGAGAGGAUUUGGACUGAAAAGAAGCGAAACAAAGGAAAAAAUUGAUUUAUUACCUCCUGCUCAGUUAGAUGAGCUCGCUCAAGCUGCUCGGGACAUGCAAGACAUGAGAAAUUGCUAUGAUAGUUUACUUUUCGCAGCUGCUGCAACAGCAAACAGUGCAUAUGAAUUCUCAGAGUCAUUGCGGGAAAUGGGUUCUUGUUUGUUAGAGAAAACAGCAUUACAUGAUGAUGAAGAAAGUGGCAAGGUUUUGCUAAUGUUGGGGAAUGUGCAGUUUGAACUUCAAAAACUUGUUGAUAGUUAUCGGUCUCAUAUAUUCCUGACAAUUACAAAUCCAUCUGAAUCCCUGCUCAAUGAACUUCGGACAGUUGAGGAUAUGAAGCGACAAUGUGAUGAAAAAAGAAAUGUCUAUGAAUACAUGGUGGCACAACAAAAGGACAAGGGAAGAUCAAAAGGUGGGAAAGAUGAAAGUACUACUUUGCAGCAAUUGCGAUCAGCUCGUGAAGAAUAUGACGAGGAGGCAACCCUAUGUGUUUUUCGGUUGAAAUCUCUGAAACAGGGACAGUCUCGAAGCCUUCUAACACAGGUAGCACGUCAUCAUGCUGCUCAGUUGAAUUUCUUUCAGAAGGGACUUAAAUCACUUGAGACAGUUGAACCCCACGUAAGACUGAUUACAGAACAUCAACACAUUGAUUACCAUUUCAGUGGACUUGAAGAUGAUGGUAGAGAAGAUGGUGAGGAUUAUGGUGAGGAUGUCGAUGAUACAUAUGAAGGCAGGGAAUUGAGUUUUGACUACAGAGCAAAUAAUCAGGGGCAUGCUGUUUCUGCAGCAAGGAAUUCUAUGGAGGUUGAUGAAGAGGAUCUUUCAUUCCCCCAAGCACCAGCAGCAGAAAAUGUAGAGUUAAACCCAGACAAAACCCCUGGUGGUUUCCAUUUCCCAAUCAGAGAACCAAGAGGAGGCAGCCAUUCAGCACCAAUUUUUCCAGAAAGAAAACCUGAUCCAGUUGAAAGAAUAAGACAAAUACAGAAAUCAUCGAGGAAGUCCAACACAUAUGUGCUGCCCACACCUGUUGAUGCAAAGGGUGUGAUCUCUUCAAGAGCAAGCGGUUCAGUUCCCAACACAAGGCAAAUAGACAUCAGUGGGCGCACUCACUAUUUGUCUCAUUCUUCCCCAUUGGAACAGAAGAAGAAUGAGAAAGAUUCUGGCGAUGGUCACCUGCCAGAGUUCACCCCUUCAAAAGAACGUUCAGGACAUAAAGAGAGCAACAAUCCUAAUGCCUCCACCCAAUUACCCCGUCCUUUAGUCGGAGGAAUCUCAUUUCCACAGCUUGAUGUUUACAAUGCAUCUGAUAACAAAAAAAUUAAACGGCAAUCCUUCUCUGGUCCGAUAACCAGUAAGCCAUGGUCAAUGAAAUUGGGCUUAUCAUCAUCCAGUGGUCCCAUUUCUGCUACUGAACUUUCACAAGAAGUUUCUGGAGUGCUUGCUCAUGUUGCAAAUCCUCAGCCUUCUACAUCCCCCAAAGUAUCCCCUAGUACAUCACCUCCUCUUGUUUCUUCACCCAGGAUAAGCGAGCUUCAUGAACUUCCAAGGCCACCAGGUAAUUUAGCAGCCAAAGCUGCAAAAUCUCUGGGGCCGAUUGGACACUCUGCUCCAUUGGUCAGAAAUCCUGAGCUUUCUGGAACAAACAAGAUUUCUUCAGGGGCAGCAAAUUUGGCAUCACCUCUUCCCACGCCACCGUUGAUGGUCCCAACAAGUUUCUCAAUACCCUCAAUUAGUCCAAGAACAAUGUCUGUACAUGUUUCUAAGCUUUUGGUUUCUUCUCAACUACUGGAUAAACCUGGGGAAGUUGAUUCUCCUCCACUGACACCGAUUUCCCUUACAAAUAUGAGGCAAGCACCUGCCAUUUCAGAAUCGAUACCGCAUUCUGGUCAAAUUAGAGGAGGGAGCUGAUGCGAUGUUAUGCACACUAGAUGAGAACUUAGAUUGAUUUUUUGGAGUCUGCCUGACUAUUUUUUGGUAUCGUCAUCUACUAGCUGGGUACUGUAAAUACAAAAACAUUAUGCAUUUUUCAGUUUCUCAUCCCAAAUUCUGUUCAUCGCGUGAUUGAUAAUGAUGAGAACGAAGCUCUGCAUAAUUGUGGAUCAUUGCACAUCUUGUAUAUCUUCUCAAUUGAGCAAUUUUGUUGUGUUUUUGGUCA